AUGCCCCAGAAGGACCACUCAUCUCAAGAGAGGCUCUGGGUCCUGCCCUCCCUACCCAUGGCACAGGGGCCAGAGCCUGAGGCCGACAGGCUGUUGGACCUCAGCUUUCUGACAGAGGAGGAGCAGACAGCUAUUGCUGAUGUCCUAAAGCGAGAUGCCCACCUGCGCCAGCUGGAGGAGGGGCGAGUCAGCAAGCUCCGGGCCUCACUGGCAGACCCUGGGCAGUUGAAGAUCCUGACAGGCGACUGGUUCCAGGAAGCACGGUCCCAACGGCACCACCAUGCCCACUUUGGCUCUGACCUCAUUCGUGCUUCUAUCCGCUGGAAGAAGAACUUCAGGGGUGAUCAGGUGCUGUGCAAUGAUGGAGAAGCUGAGGUUACUGGGAAAGAGAAAGAAGAGGAGCUGGAACUCAGACUCCCCAUAGAUGAAAUCCCCCAAGAAAGGCUCAGAGAGGCUGAGGGGUCUGAUUUCCCCUCACCAUUGGACCCUUCAAAGGCUUCUGAUUAUGAGGAGGAGCCUCGGGCCCAGGAAGCCCCCUGCCCCGGGGUAGCGCAAGUCUAUGAAGACGCGGAGCCAGAGCCGGAGCCGACUAAGCAAGGAAAGGAGGUGCCGCGGCCCCCGUCAGCGCAGGUUGAGUUGUUGCCCAAACCCCUGGAGAAUGGGGAGGAGGCCCCGGGAUCUGGCCCUUCAUUCGACCGCAUGCUCAGCAGCAGCUCUUCGGUGUCCAGCCUCAAUUCCUCCACGCUGAGCGGCAGCCUGAUGAGCCUGUCGGGGGAGGCGGAGGCGGGCGCCGUGCAGGUGUGCGGCUCCGUGCACUUCGCGUUGUGCUACGAGCCUGGCGCCGCCGAGCUGCGCGUGCACGUGAUCCAGUGCCAGGGCCUGGCCGCCGCCCGGCGCCGCCGCUCUGACCCCUACGUCAAAAGCUACCUUCUCCCGGAUAAGCAGAGCAAGCGCAAGACGGCGGUGAAGAAACGGAAUCUGAAUCCGGUCUUCAACGAGACUCUCCGGUACUCCAUCCCGAAGGCCGAACUCCGGGGCCGUGUGCUGAGCCUGUCCGUGUGGCACCGUGAAAGCUUGGGUCGCAACAUCUUCCUAGGCGAAGUCGAAGUGCCACUGGACACGUGGGACUGGGAUUCUGAGCCCACCUGGCUCCCCCUGCAGCCCCGGGUCCCACCCUCCCCUGAUGAACUUCUCAGCCGUGGGUUCCUCUCUCUGUCCCUCAAGUAUGUCCCCGCCGGCUCCGAGGGCGCAGGACUGCCCCCGAGCGGGGAGCUGCACUUCUGGGUGAAGGAUGCUCAGAACCUCGUGCCACUUCGUUCAGGAUCCUUGGAUACUUACGUACAAUGCUCAGUGCUGCCCGAUGACAGCCGGGCCAGCCGCCAGCGGACAAGGGUAGUGCGCCGCAGCCUCAGCCCCAUGUUCAACCACACCAUGGUUUACGAUGGUUUUGGACCUGCUGACCUGCGCCAAGCCUGUGCCGAGCUCUCCCUCUGGGACCAUGGCGCUCUAGCCAGCCGUCAACUGGGGGGUACCCGCCUCAGCCUGGGCACCGGCAGCAGCUAUGGGCUCCAGGUACCCUGGAUGGACUCCACACCUGAGGAGAAGCAGCUGUGGCAGACACUUUUGGAGCGGCCAUGUGAGUGGGUGGAUGGCCUUCUGCCCCUCAGAACCAACCUGGCUCCUAGGACAUAG